AUGACGUGCAUAUUCAUGACGUUUGCUCAGGGUCAAGGCCAGCGCGUUAUCCCUUUAGCCGUUCAGCACACACAGAGAGAGCUAACUGGGCCAAUCUUAACGAAGAAUUUCAAACGGUGUCACUCCCCCCCCCCCCCCCCCCCCCUCCCCCCUCUUCAACGUCGCACAAUAUAUAAAGCUCGAUUUGAGUCGAGGAGAAUUCACAGCCAGUUUGAAGACAGCUCCUCAUCGUUCAACCUGGGCCCGGAUACGUCUCGGUUCGUUGCUUUUUUAACCGAAACGGCAGCGCUGCGUGGUGUGAAGUGCAGACUGACAUGCCGGAUUACACCGACACCGACCCCCCGAGCCGACCUGGAUACCGAGAAGAGACGCUCCUCCGCCGGUCCAGUUAUUACUAAAACUAGCGGAGCGGGGAAGGGGAACACAGCCGGGGAACACAGGAAGACUUCGAAGCCGAUGAUGGAGAGGAGGCGGAGAGCGCGAAUCAACGUCAGCCUGUCCCAGCUCAGAACAUUCCUCAUUCAGGAAGCGUGGAGCAAAGACGCACCCAGAUACUCCAAACUGGAGAAAGCGGAUGUUCUUGAAUUGACAGUCCGACACCUCAGAGCUCUGCAGCGCAGCCGCGCAGCUGCAUUACCGAUCCACGACCCGUCCCUCGCCAGCAAGUACCGAGCCGGCUUCACGCAGUGCGUCAGGGAAGUCACGCAGUUCUUAUCCACCAGUGACGGCAUCUGCAGUGACGUCAGAAGCCAGCUGUUAAACCACCUGGCCGGCUGUACUCCCCGUGUUAAAUAACCCAGGCUCUCCCGGCUCUCCACCGCCGGCCCCGGCCCGCCUCCAGAUCACAACCCCCCCCGAACACCUUACCUUACUCCGACUCCAACACGGCCAGCGACGGCGCUGCCCGAGCGUUCAGCGCUGGCUCCCGAGUCAUCUCUCUCCCAGACGGACAGCUCACCCUUUCAGGUGCCCGGUGGGCGUGUGCUCGUUGCCAGGACAACGUGUUCAAAACCUGCCCGUCUCUUCUCCAGCUCCCCAGCAUCCACGGACGCGCCUUUUGAAGAAACCAGAAGGCGCCGGGGCGAACCCAAUGAGGAGCGGUCCGCAGCCGGCAGAACCGGCGUGGAGACCGUGGUGAACCGGGAGGAGUUCGUUAUAAACAGACAUUAGGCUCGGAUUUUCUUUCAAAUGGUUUUAAAUGCUGUUAACAACACCAGGGACAGUAACUCACGCGAGGGAAAGCAUCAUUUG